CGAGCCGACCUGCUUGCAUAAGCCCAUCGUCAGUCGACAGGCAAUGCUUGUUUGAUAGAGCCAUUUUCAGAAAAUUACUUCCAGCAUGCCCCAUUUCUGUGAAAAUAUGUGAAAAUAUACUACGACCCAAAGCUGGUUAUCAGUAGAAGUAGUACAAUGUAGAACCUGACACCGCGUUGCUACCGCGGUAUCACGUCGGUAGUCGUCAGCCAGAACGAUAGUAUCUCUCGGUACCACUGGAACGCGAUUUGUGUGACAUUCAGUGUUUCUCCUUAACAGAUGAUGGAAAGUGUACAGAGUGGAGUAGUUAAAUGCGGCGGAUAUCGUUACGAUGAUGGAACGCGCUAUAUCGGAGAUUGGAACCAACGGGGCCAGAAACACGGCAUGGGAUCAAUCAUGUUCUCCGAUGGAACACGGUACGAUGGUGCAUUCAGCAAUGGGGUGUGCUCGGGACUGGGAGUCAUGUGUUUCCCUGAUGGUGCCAAAUACGAAGGAGAAUUCAUGCAAGGCUGGUUCCAUGGACAUGGAGUUUUUUGGCGAUCUGAUGGCAUGAAGUAUGAGGGCGAAUUCCGCGGAGGGCGUAUCUGGGGCCUCGGGCUGAUUACAUUUAGUGAUCAGAGUCAUGGAUUUCCACGUAACGAAGGUUUCUUCCAAGAUUGCCGAUUAAUGCGAAAAAAACGAUGCAUGGAAGUGAUACAACGCGCUCAAAAAGUAGCUCUGAUGGCUAGGGCCCAAUGUGAUCAAGGAAACUGAACAAAUAAAAAAAACUGAAAGUCGAAAAAAA